UCCGGGGCGCGGCGGUCGCAUGCCCGCAGUCGCGAGCCGCCCGCCCCGAGCCCGCCGCCCUCAGCGCCUUCUCCUCCUCCUCCUCCUCCUCUUCCUCCUCCUCCUCCCUUCCGGUUCCGACGCAUGUGCGGCAAUAACAUGUCCGCCCCGCUCCCCGCCAUCGUCCCCGCCGCCAGGAAGGCCACCGCUGCGGUUAUUUUCCUUCAUGGACUGGGAGAUACCGGGCAUGGCUGGGCACAGGCCUUUGCAGGUAUCAAAAGUUCACACAUCAAAUAUAUAUGUCCCCAUGCGCCUAUUAUGCCUGUUUCCCUAAAUAUGAACAUGGCCAUGCCGUCUUGGUUUGAUAUUAUUGGACUCUCUCCAGAUGCACAGGAAGAUGAUACUGGAAUCAAGCAGGCAGCAGAGAAUAUCAAAGCUUUGAUAGACCAAGAAGUGAAGAAUGGAAUUCCUUCAAAUAGAAUUGUUGUGGGAGGAUUUUCUCAGGGAGGAGCUUUGUCGUUGUAUACUGCUUUGACAACUCACCAGAAAUUGGCAGGUGUGGUAGCCCUGAGUUGUUGGCUUCCUCUUCGAUCUUCAUUUCAAGAGGGUCCUAUCAGUGGGGUCAACAAAGAUAUUUCCAUCCUUCAGUGCCACGGAGAAUGUGAUCCUUUAGUCCCGCUCAUGUUUGGUUCUCUCACCGUCGAAAAGCUAAAGACAUUGGUAAAUCCAGCUAAUGUCAGCUUCAAGACCUAUGGCGGCAUGGUGCAUAGUUCCUGCAGUCAGGAAAUGAUGGACGUCAAGCAAUUCAUCGAUAAACUCCUACCUCCUGUUAAUUGACAUCAAUUGAAACCUUCUAUACAAGACACCAGCAUUAUUGUAUUAGUAUAAACCUUUUCACACGCCCAGUCCUGUUAUUUCUACUCUUGCAGUGUUACUACAGUUUUGCAAAUACAAUCAGUGGUAAGGACUGAAUAAUGUCUUCUCAUGGGAAAUUAUGGUAUUUCAAAGUUUUACUCGUAUAUUUACAAAAUAUAUGAUGUAAAAUCACAGGUAUUACUGUAGAAGAGGCAGCUGGUUUUCUUGAAGGGUAAUUCAGCCUAAUAAUGUAAAGCACUGCUCUGUCUGAUUUUUGAUUACUGUUUUUAAAAAAAGAAAUAUUAGUACGGUUAAUAAAAAUAGGUUUGGGUAGAAUCGGUCAGUAACAUCAAUCAAUUCACGCAUGCUGUGACUUAGUCUAAGGGUUUAUUCUAAAAGUGGUUAGUCACCAUGCACUUUCUGUAUUUUUUUUUAAAUAUAUGGAACGUCUAUACAAGGUGCGAAAUAUGUGAUCAGAAUGGAUUGGUAUUGUAUUAUCCAAAUGGGGGGCAAUGCUUUUAAGAGUUUGUGUAUACUUGUUCUAUUGCUUUCCCUUCUAGGUAGGGACCAGUCUAUGUUGCCUUGCAAAAUAUUAUCAACCAGGUAACAUUUGGAAGUAUUCCCACUUGCACGACAGAGAAGCUUGUUCCUUAUUUCUUUUUCUCUCCUCAACUCUAUAGUAACCUCCAUACUAUUAACCUCUGGGAUUAAUUUACAUGUUGCAACAACUGGCAACUGAAUCUUUAAACAGUGGCUUUAGGCUAUAUAUUAUGAAAUAAGUAUCAUUUUUCUGCAUCACAGAUUUCUUUCACUGGUGCAAGUCGAGCUCCUUUCAUUUAUUUGUAUUAACUGGGACAUCUGCAACCAGUGCAUAUCUUUUUUCAGGCUCAAUAUUCAGGUAAUUUUGUUCCAAAAGUCAUAUUAAGUGAGGGUAAAAUAGGAUGGAGAAAUGUACUGCAUAGCGAAAGGAAAGAGCCUUGUUAUAGCAAUUAUUUAGCUCGGAAUUAUUUGCUGAAUAUGAUAUAGGCACCUUUCACUGCUUUUUAAAACUGUUAAAACAACAUGAAUCAUAGGACUAUGCAAAGCUAUUACUUAAGUGCCCCAUAGUAUUAGCCACCAAAUUUCCAUUCUGAAAGUGAUUUAGACUAUUUUCUCUUUAUGGAUGUGGGAUCUGAAAUUCUAUUUGUUUAUGUGUUUUGCCAUUUUGAAAAAUUCAGACAUUGUGUAAAAUAACCGGCCAUGAGAGAACUUGGCCUUGUUCUGGCUAAUAGUGGACUGAUGGUGAACUCUGUAAGUGAAUUAAAAAAAACAACAACUUAAAAAUUAAUUUUUUCUUUAUUGCAGUUAGAAAUUCUCAGAUCCCUGGUAAGUGAUUGGUAAACAAACGUGUCAAAGAUAUCAUAAGGUCUUGUAUUUUAAUCAGUACCUUGAAAAUAGUAGUGUCAAUGCAACACGGUUAAAUAAAUAGCAAAAAAGAAUGUUUGGUAUUUUAGAGCUGUUAGUAAUUAAAUGUGUUCUGCUGUAUUGCAACUCUUCUAAGCAAUGCUAUGAAUGCAUCUUUAUAAAUAGGUGCUAAUUGACAUAAUGGAUAUAAUUUAAGAAUGUACUGUAUAGAACGUUAAUAUCGAAGCCAUAAAUUAAAAGGUCUGGGUGAAAAAAAAUUAAACAAUCUUCACUGAAUCACUUUUCUUUAUCUCAAAGAGCAUAAACUGUUUGUUGAUAUAAAAAUCAGCAGGAUGUUAUGACUUUGUUCACUUAUUUAUAGGAGAUCUUUAUGUUCCGUAGAAAUAUUUUGCCAUCGAAUGGGAAAAUGUAAAUCUUUUUCACAGUUUCUAUCAGUGUGAAAUAAACUUGAAGCUGACAGUC